AUGGAGUUCAAUCUGCAGGAGGAGCUCCUGUCGCUCUCCUCCGACCCUUCCCUGUACCCGAUCAACAACGAGCUCGAUGUCCCCGACCUGUCCGCGAACGCUAUCGACGCCUUCCUGUCCUCGGCCAUCGACGCUGUUGUUCACGACCCCGACGCUAUCAUCCACUUCGGCGAGCAGACGUUCGACAUCUUCGCGUCUGUCCUUAAACAUGCCGCAUCGCCUACGGUCGACGGAGCCGUGCUCCAGAAGACCCUCGAUGCGAUCACCUCUGGCUUGACUCACCACUCCAACGCCGUCAUGGCGCUUGUCGCUCCAGGAAUGGACGACUCGGAUAUCGACGCACCCCUUCAACACCGCGCGCAGCUCGAGCGCUGGGCGUUCCUCCUUCAGUGGUUUGUGAACGCUGCCGAAAAGGGCGCGGGCCGACAGCCCGGAGACGAUGUCCCUGGCGCAAGGAAAACGAAGGCGAAGAAGCAGCCCGUCAACCGCGGCGCCAACACCGCCUUCCAGUGGGAGGACCACCUUCCACUCGUUCUGCUCACGAUGCACCGCGCCCUCCGCGUGCCGACGCAGCGCAUUUGGCGAACAUCGAGUGAGCGUGAGGCUUUCGUCUCGUGCUUCACCAAGCCCGCGUACCAAUUAUGCGAGAUCGAGACGUACCUCAAGGUCAACGAAAUCCGACUCGGCAUCUACAAGGUCAUCUGUCUGGCCGUCAAGUUCCAUGGCCACGCCUUCGGCGCCCAGACCUCCGUCAUCCAGAACCUCACCUACUUCGAACACCUGAGCGAGCCGAUGGCUGAGCUUCUCGCCAUCCUCGAGAAGGAGUUCGACUACCCCCAGCUUGCUGAGGAGGUUCUUCGCGAGGUUGCGGCCAAGACUUUCCCUCACAACGAUGCCAAGGGUCCGAGGUCAUUCUCCCGCUUCCUCGUCCGACUCGGCGAGCUUUGCCCCCGAGUAGUCCACAAGCAGAUGCCUCUCCUGCUCGCGCACCUUGACAGCGAGAUUACCGGCCUGCUCAUCAAGGAGCUCUCCAUGACCGAGGACGGCGACGAGGAGCAGAAGCAGAAGCAGGUCAAGCGCUUCUUCGAGAUUCUGUUCGAGCGCUUCCUCGACCUGAACUCGUACGUCCGCUCCAAGGUCUUGACGACCUUGAUCAAGCUCUGCGAUUUGCCCGUCAAGUUCCCCAAGCAGCGUGCCAAGAUGACCGACCUCACGAUCCGCACACUCGAAGACAAGACCUCGUCCGCUCGUCGUUACGCCAUUCAGCUACUCUGCAAGCUUCUCGAGACGCAUCCCUUUGGUGCUCUGCACGGCGGAACGCUCAAUUUGCCUGAGUGGGAGGAGCGCUACGAGAAGGUCUGCGAAGAGCUCGAGAAGGUCGACACGCACGAGAUGGAGCAGGCGCGUCGCGACGCCGGCAUGGACGAGGAUGAGGAAGGUGACGAGGAAAACGAGGACGAAGACGACGAGGAGGAAGCCGAGGAGUCCGAUGAGGACGGUGACAAGAGCAACGGCAACAUGUCCGUCGACGGCGAAGCUACUCCGAAGAAGGUCAAGAAGGAGAAGAAGCCUCGCAAGUCUCAGCUCAACGUCGCUGCCAUUGAGGCUGAGCAGUCCUCGUUAGACGCACAGACCAUCAUGCGCCUGCGCCUCACCAAGAAGUACUACUCGGAUGCGCUGAAGUUCAUCAACCAGAUUGAGACCGCCAUCCCGACGCUCUGCCAGCUUCUCGUCUCCACCAACAAGUCCGAGGUGCUCGAGAGCAUGCGCUUCUUCCGCACCGCCUACGAGUACAACGUUAACGGUGCUGAACAGGGCAUCAAGACCAUGCUCCACCUUAUCUGGACCAAGGACCACAACACGACUACGGAAGAGGGCGUUGACGGCCGCUCCGUCCGUGGCAACCUCCUCGACGUCUACCGCUCCCUCUACUUUGACGUCGUGCCGGACCUCACUCCCAAGCAGCAAGUCAACCGCAUCGCCAAGAACAUGAUCGAGCGGACUUAUGGAGCCACGCUCGCCGAGCUCACGUCUCUCGAGGAGCUUCUCCGCACCAUGAUGGUGGAGGGAGGCGUGCACCCGGAUGUCAUCAAUAAGCUCUGGCAGGUUUACAGCACCGAGCAGGAAAUCCCCAAAGCUCAGCGCCAGGGUGCCAUCAUCAUCCUCGGCAUGCUUGCUAUCGCCAAGCGUGACGUCGUCACUGAGCGUGUUGAUUCGCUGCUCAAGGUUGGUCUCGGCCACCACGGCCAGAACGACCUCGUCCUUGCCCGUUACACCUGUGUCGCUAUCCAGCGUCUUGGCGGCAGCGCCAAGAAGGUCAAGGGCUCGCUCAAGGACAAGACAAUGCGUCUCCCGAUGGAUAACGCUGUCUUCUCCAAGCUCGAGAACAUCAUCAAGAUUUCGACCCGCUCGCCGCAGUGGUUCGGUAUGGCUGAGCAGGCUCUCAACACGAUCUACCUGCUUGGUCAGCAGCCCGAUGCUCUUUGCGCGUCGAUCAUCAAGGACCUCACGGCUCGCGUUUUCUACGCCCCCAAGCCGGCUUCUCAGGUCGACGAUGCAUCGAGCACUUCGUCCAUGGACGUGGAGGAGGCUGAUGAAACCAUUACGGGCGCGGCCGAGGCGACCCAGGCAACCAUUGACCCGCAGUCGUCGCAGGAGGCAAAGCCUGAUGAGGUUGGAGCGUUCGACCUCGCCAAGCUCGUUUUCACCGUUGGACACGUUGCGUUGAAGCACAUCGUCUACCUGGAGCUCGUCGAGCGCGAAUUCAAGCGCCGCAAGGAGGAGAAGGCCAAAGAGAAGGCCGACCAGAAGAAGAAGGACAAGGACGACAAUGACCUUGACGCUGUCACUGGAAACGCCGAGGACGACAUCGGCGAUCUCAUUCAGACCAUCCGUGAGCGCGAGCUGCUCUAUGGUGAGAAGAGCCUUCUUGCUGUCUACGGCCCUCUCAUCGCGGCGAUCUGUGCAAGCCCGAAGCGCUACAAGUCGCCGACCCUCCGCCAGGCCGCCGUCCUCGCCCUUACCAAGUUCAUGUGCGUCAGCGCUCAAUUCUGUGAGAACCACCUCCUGCUGCUCUUCAAGAUCCUCGAGACGAGCCGCGACCCCGUCGUCCGCUCCAACAUUGUCAUCGCUCUCGGAGAUAUUGCCGUCUGCUGGGGAAGCCUGAUCGACGACAACAGCGAGAGGCUGUACCAGGGUUUGACGGACCCCGAUCCCAUCGUCAAGAAGAACACGCUCAUGGUUCUCACGCAUCUUAUCCUGAAUGGUAUGAUCAAGGUCAAGGGUCAGCUCGGCGAGAUGGCCAAGUGCUUGGAGGACCCCGACCAGCGUAUCUCGGACCUCGCCAAGCUCUUCUUCACUGAACUCUCGACCAAGGACAACGCGCUGUACAACAACCUGCAGGACGUCAUCUCGCACCUGUCCAUCGGCGCGCACGCCGUCGACGAGGAGACGUUCGAGCGGACAAUGCGCUUCAUCUUCACGUUUAUCGAGAAGGAAAAGCAGGCCGAGGCGCUCGUCGAGAAGCUGUGCCAGCGAUUCCGCCUCGCUGCCGAUGAGCGGCAAUGGCGCGACAUUGCCUUCUGUCUGUCGCUCCUGCCGUUCAAGUCGGAGCGCAGUAUGAAGAGGCUCAUUGAGGGCCUGCCCUUCUACCAGGACAAGCUCCACGAGGAGACGGUCUUCAAGCGCUUCUCGGAGAUCCUCGCCAAGGCACGUGCAAACAAGGGCGCGGGUAAGCCGGAGACAGAGCUCAAGGAGUUUGAGAACAUUCUGAACGAGCACCAGGCGAAGGGUCUCGAGGAGGCCGCGCUCGAGGCGGAUGUCAUGAAGAAGACGAAGGCGGCGCAGCGGCGGGCAGCGAAGCGGCAACCAAAGGCGACGGCCCCACCAGCGCGGCAAACACGGGGCGGCACGUCCCGGCGGCGAGUAGUGGAGAGCGACGAGGACGACGAGUAG